UCGGAUCACUGGUUGGUUCAUAGGCAGUAGCAUACAUUACCGAGCACAGGCCACGGGUAGUAGACAGUGAAACAGAGCAGACAAUGAAACAGAGCAGAGGCGUAAAAUUGAGAUGAAUGUAUCAAUUGCAAGGGCUAACAUAGGAGUAUUCACCUUUCAUUUCUUACCCUGUAAACCCUGUUCAUUUGCAAAUGCUAACAAUGGAGGAUUCACCUCACAUUUGUUCCCCUACAAACCCAUAUUUUCUUCACUUUCCAACAGAAAAACAAUUGGAUCAAGCUUCGUAUCAUAUAAGUUCGAAAACGAAAUCAAGCACCAUCUCCGCGCACAAUCUUGCUUCAACCAUGGCUUGUCGUCGUUGGAACGUGCCCAUGUAACCGUGGAGGAUGAUCUCCGAGCUUUCCUGGAUAUUCUUCCAUCUGAUUUGCGUGACAUUCUUGCGAAAGAUCCCAAGAGGGAUAAACUCUUAGAGGUUAUAUUGGACCUGGGACGUCUGCCGAAGGCACGCUAUCUAGGUGAAUUUGGCGAGCAGUAUUUAAGGAGCACCAAGGUAUCAAUCCAAGAACUAGAAUAUGCUCAAAAUUCUGUUGGAGAAUUUGGAAAAAAUAAUAGAGCUGGCAUUGAAGGUACCUUGCACCGAAUAUCUGCAAUCCAUAGUAGGAAAGGGGUCAUAGUGGGUUUGACUUGCCGAGUUGGCAGGGCAGUUAGUGGUCAUGUUGACAUGGUUCAUGAUCUGCUUCAUUAUGGGAAGAGCAUCUUGUUUGUUGGAAGGCCUGGGGUUGGCAAGACCACUGUUAUGCGAGAGAUUGCACGAGUCUUGUCAGAUGAAUUUGACAAAAGAGUGGUGAUCGUUGAUACAAGCAAUGAAAUAGGAGGGGAUGGAAAUAUUCCACAUGCUGAAGUAGGAGGUGCAAGGCGAAUGCAGGUUCCGGAACCAUCUAUGCAGUACAAGGUCAUGAUUGAGGCAGUAGAAAAUCACAUGCCUGAAGUAAUCAUUGUUGAUGAGAUAGGCACAGAAGCUGAAGCUCUUGCUUGUCGUUCAAUUGCUGAGAAAGGCAUUAUGCUCAUUGGUACUGCUCAUGGAGAGCAGCUUCAAAACAUAAUCAAGAAUCCGACUCUUUCUGACCUGAUUGGGGGAUUACGACCUGUUACCUUAGGAGAUGAGAAAGCCCGAUCUAGAGGGAGUAAAAAAAGUAUUCUUGAAAGAAGAGGUCCUCCAACCUUUUAUUUCUUGAUUGAGAUGAGAGAGAGGCAUCAUUGGGUUAUGCAUCGGACAGAUAAGAGUGUGGAUAUGCUGCUUCGCGGACAGAGCCCAUUAGUUGAGGUAAGAAAAAGGGAUGAUCAGUUCAAGGUUGUAAUAGAAAGAUGGAAGACAUAUGACGUCGAAAGUGUCAUGUAGUAUGUUUCUAAAAUUUUACAACUAUUUUUAUAUUUGAAUACGGAUGAUGGGGCUUGUAAGGGGAAUCCUGGUUAUGGUCAGUGGUGUAUUGGUUUUAUUGUUCAUUUAGGCACUUGCACCACCAGUUAGUUAUUAGUGUAUGUGUAUAGAUAGAUAGAGACAGAGAGAUCCAAUGCACGACUCUGCUGUCAAAUUCAUCCGACAAGACUCGUGUGCAAUCUCCCGCAUAAUAGUAGUCUUGACUGACAACUCCAGGUCUUUACAAGUAUCAUAAAGAUGUAAUUUUACACAAGAUAACUUACAAAAUAUGCUUUGAAGCUCAAAUUCAGACAUUAUGCACA